UUUUCAGCGGAUAUGUCAUUUUCCAAGACUAGUACUACAUUAGUAUAUAUGUCUUGACUAUUCCGCUAACUUCUCUUGCCAAUUCGUUAUCUUCCUUAACUACCGCCACCGGAUUUUCAAAUCGCCGGUAAUGGGCCAUCGGAAAAUGCUUUUACCAGCGACCCGCUUCGCUGUAUUCUUUAUACUUUACCUGCUCUUAUCCCCUUGCCUUUCCUUUUCCUUUCGCAAGCAUCACAAAAUCAAUGGACCCAUCAAAACUCUUGUCGUUUUGGUCAUGGAAAACCGUUCUUUUGAUCACGUACUGGGUUGGCUCCACAAGACCCGACCCGAUAUCAAUGGACUGAAGGGCUCCGAGUUUAAUAGGAUUAAUGCUUCGGACCCUUGUUCCUCAAAAAUCUUUGUCUCCGAUGAUGCUGUGUUCGUUGAUUCCGACCCAGGUCACUCCAUUCAAGCUAUUCGGGAGCAGAUAUUCGGGUCGAAUGAUUCUUCUUCAGCAAACCCAGCUCCGAUGAACGGGUUCGUGCAGCAGGCUCUUAAUAUGGGCGUUCCUGGUCUGGAGCAGACCGUGAUGAGUGGGUUUAAACCGGAGUUAGUACCGGUUUACACAGAUUUAGCGAAUGAGUUUGGCGUUUUUGACCGGUGGUUCGCGUCAGUUCCGGCUUCAACUCAGCCGAAUCGGUUUUACGUUCACUCGGCAACUUCUCACGGUGCUUCCAGCAAUGUCCGUAAAGACUUAAUCCAUGGAUUCCCUCAAAAGACUAUAUUCGAUUCUUUGGACGAAAAUGGCCUCUCGUUUGGAAUUUAUUACCAAAACAUCCCAGCUACCUUUUUUUUCAAGUCACUGAGAAAACUCAAACAUAUUUUUAAGUUCCACAGUUAUGCAUUAAAGUUCAAACUCCACGCUGAACUUGGGAAACUACCAAAUUACGUUGUGAUUGAGCAGAGAUAUUUCGAUGUUAAAAUUGAUCCAGCAAAUGAUGAUCAUCCAUCACACGAUGUAGCACUUGGACAGAAAUUUGUGAAGGAGGUUUAUGAGACAUUGAGGGCAAGUCCACAGUGGAAAGAAAUGGCACUGUUGAUUACAUAUGACGAACAUGGUGGCUUCUUUGAUCAUGUACCAACUCCACUUUCUGGGGUGCCUAAUCCUGAUGGCAUUAUUGGGCCUCCACCAUAUUACUUCAGAUUUGACCGAUUGGGGGUACGUGUCCCUACUUUCUUGAUUUCGCCAUGGAUUGACAAGGCCACUGUGAUUCAUGGGCCAACGGGUCCAACUCCGUCUUCACAAUUUGAGCACUCUUCCAUACCAGCAACUGUGAAAAAACUUUUUAAUCUGAAAUCAAGUUUCUUAACCAAGAGAGACGCAUGGGCUGGGACCUUUGAGAACUAUUUCCGCUUGCGUAAGACUCCUCGUAAUGAUUGUCCAGAGAAACUUGCUGAGGUGAAGACAAAUCUAAGACCAUGGGGACCAAGAGAAGAUGUAAAGCUCUCUGAAUUUCAAAUAGAAAUGAUCCAGCUUGCUUCACAGCUUAAUGGUGAUCAUGUUCUCAAAAGCUACCCUGAUAUUGGAUGGAAGAUGAAUGUUGGUGAAGCUAAUCAAUACGUAGAAGAUGCAGUCAAUAGGUUCUUGGAAGCUGGUAGGGCUGCUCUUAGAGCCGGAGCAAAUGAGAGUGCCAUUGUUGCAAUGAGACCUGCCCUCACUAGCCGAGCAUCUACAUCAGAUGGAGGAUUCAACAAAUACGUGGAAGCCUACUAAUCUAUUCCAAGUACAGCCUGUAUAUAUUAUAUUGUUAUAAUCCACCUUAUUACAUAAACUUCUUGUUACCCAUCAAUUGUGUCCUUCCAAGGAUAUAUACAAAAAUUAUGAAGUCUUUCUUUUCAAUGUUGGGAUGGUUAUUGUAAUCACUUUUAGUAAAUAGUAAAUCAUUUUAGCCUCAUAAGUUCCUAUGAA